CGGAGAACAACGCUCCGUUUCGCAAAGUUUCAAUCGUUCAAGAGGAAUUGACGUAUAGUUAAGGUCGGUUUGCUGAAACAGAAACAGAAAAUACGUUCCCAACAAAACCCCGUUCAUUUCUAAAGGACUAGAUGGAGACCUUACUGGAGUCAGACGGAGAGGAGCAAGUCAGAGAUGGAGAGCAGGAGGAGGUGGACAACGAUGACCGUGAGCUGAAUGAAACUCUCAGUAAUCUCCAUGUUUCAGCUCCUCAGGACCUUCUCCUGAAGUUGGACAAGGCAGACAACCUGUAUCCCGAAUCCUACAGGGUUAACUCCCCCGACGAGAUUCGACUGUUGGCCAUUGGCGACAAUCACCACCGUCAGUAUUCACACUUAUUUCCCAGCCGCAAACCACUGCUGCUCUGUCCAGUCAACGAAUGUGGUGUUAAGAAGUUUGUGUCCAUGACUCUUCGGCCUUCACCAACAGUCCACCCUGAACUUUAUACCUGGGAGGGCUGCGCCUCCUUUGUGGCGGAUUUCUUGUCUCUGGACCCUUUGGACCCGCCUGUUGACCUGCCCAGGUACCUGUUUCUCCCCCACCUCGGUGCUGAGGGCUCAGAGAGCCACAUGUACCUGGAGACCCGCUGGCCAGGAGGACAGAAGGUGACCCACUACAGAAAAGCACAGCUGGAGAAGUUUGCACCUUACCUUCGGCCAGACGGCCUGAACACAAGACUGACUACUUACAAAGACCUGGACUCUGUUCCCCUCAGAGGCUCGAUGAAGAAGUUUUCUCCUGGACGCUCCGACCCUGACAGCACUAGCACCCAACGUGCACCCGAGGUCAUGCGCAGUUGGGGCAGCAAGUUGCUGCUCACCUCUCCUGUGUCUGAAGAAGAGCUCAAAGGGACAGGAGGGAGAAAGGUGGUGGAGUGUUUCCACAGGAACAGAUCCAAACCGGCAAACGAAGACGUGGCCCAGCGAGUGUUCCUAUUGGCUCAAAGACGGAUUGAGCUGACCUAUCACUUAGAGGAUCACCGAUUUAUCCCUUCAAAGAGGAGCUUCAUCAAACCGCAAGAGUCAACAGAAAAAAAGAAGGGCGAGGACUUCACAUCUGACAUGGAAUCCAGCUUUCAGGUGGAUCCAUCUGAGAAGCCUCUUAAGACCCUGGCUCUGAAUGAUAUGCUGGUGGCUCUGAUGAAGGAUGAAGAGAAGGUGGUUUGCCAAAUCAAAGAGUCUAAGCAAGAGGUGAGAGACAUUGUGGCCUGCAGAGAACAGGAAGAGAGAGAUGUUCAGCUUGAGUUCUCCCCAUGGACAACAACCGGAGCUGCCAUGGCCCGCGGACAGAGACAGGAAAUGGAGCAUCUGGCCGCCGAGGAGCAGAGGUGGUUGCAGGAGAAGGAGAAGGAUAUCCUGGCUCCCUUCCUUAUCCGGCUGGACAACGCAGAGACUCUGAGCGCCGAAGACGCCAAGCAUAUCCACCAGGACUGUUUGGCCGAGUUUAAACAGAGACUGGCAGAGCACGCCAACCUCAUUCAGGAACGCUAUGAAAAGCAGACUCAAGAGCUGCAGAGCAAACAGGAGUGGUACCAAAAGAACCAGCUCAACAUGACCAAACCACAGGAGGAAGAGUACCUGACCUACUGCCAUGAGAAAACACUACAAAUAUGUGUGGCCAAGAAACGCCUCAGCAUGCACAAGGAAGCAGCUCCUCAGAAGUACUGGACUCUUGAUCAGAAGCUGAGAAGCGACCCUCGGCUGGCCCCUCAUCUGCUCACUUUUUAAAAGCUACCACACACAUUUACAUAUAAAUAUAUAUAUAUAUAUA